GGCACCGAGUCACCAGGCACGACAGUGGGCUCCGAGUCAACUGGCAUGACCGCUGGCACUGGGUCAGACAUUGGAUCGUCUGGCUGGACAGCGGGCAUCGGGUCACCAGGCAUCAGGUCACUUGGCUCGACAGCGGGCACCGCGUCAUCUGGCAAGGCAGUGGGCUCCGAGUCAACUGGCAUGACCGCGGGCACUGGGUCAGACAUUGGAUUGUCUGGCUGGACAGCGGGCAUCGGGUCAUUUGGCUCGACAGCGGGCACCGCGUCAUCUGGCAAGGCAGUGGGCUCCGAGUCAACUGGUAUGACCGCGGGCACUGGGUCAGACAUUGGAUCGUCUGGCUGGACAGUGGGCAUCGGGUCACCAGGCAUCAGGUCAUUUGGCUCAACAGCGGGCACCGCGUCAUCUGGCAAGACAAUGGGCACCAAGUCACCAGGCACGACAGUGGGCUCUGAGUCAAUUGGCACAACAGCGGGCACCGGGUCAUCAGGUACCGGAUUGUCUGGCUCGACAGCGGGCAUCGGGUCACCAGGCAUCAGGUCAUUUGGCUCGCCAGCGGGCACCGCGUCAUCUGGCAAGGCAGUGGGCACCGAGUCACCAGGUACGACAGCGGGCUCUGAGUCAAUUGGCACAACAGCGGGCACCGGAUCAGGUACCGGAUCGUCUGGAUCAACAGCGGGCAUCGAGUCAACUGGC